AUGCAUGAUAGUAUAGAAAAUGGCAUAACUACUCUUUCACCUGAUUAUUUAAGUUUUUUAUCUAAAAAUACUACAAUAGAUAUUGUAAAAAGUAUAAAAGAAGUAACCAAAAAACCUAAAGUUUUAAAAAAAUUAAAGAAAAGUAAAAAAACAAAAAAGAAUAAGUUUAUAUUAUCUUCUAAUAAUACAUAUAUUAAAAUUAUGGACAAUAAUUUAAAUAUAUCUAGUGAAAAUAUUAAUAAAAAAUCAAAUGUAGUUUUAUUGAAAAAUAAAAAAAGUAUGAAAAAAAGAAAAGAUAAAACAGGUAAAUCUACUUUUGAAGGACAACAAAUAUUACCAAUAUACUUAAAUGCUACAUGUGAAUUAUAUACUAAAGAAGAUCCAUGUAUACCACCAUUACAAAAUUUUCAAUCACGAUUUCGAGUUGACCUUAGACAUAAAAUAAAUUUUUGUACAAUUACUAAAAAUUUUUCCAGUAUGCUUCGAUCUAUUUUAUGUUUUAUCAAAAAACCACAAUAUAUAAAGUAUCAGGAAGAUUUAACUAAAGGAUCAUGGACAUAUAAAUUUUGUAAUGAUAAUAAUUUUAGUAGAAGAAUUUCAAGAGUUGCAAAUAAUUAUACAGAUGGUGAUGUUGAUAAAUUAAUGAAAACUUGGAAACAUGUUGCUUUUGUUAGAGAUCCAUUUGAAAGAUUUGUUUCAGGAUUUGUUGAUAAAUGUGUUAUUUCAAAAGAAUGGAAAAUUGAAAAGAACAAAUGUUAUGGUUGUAGGGCAAACGUAACAUGUCUUUUACAAAGAUUAUAUGAAAAAUUAAAAGAAAAAUCUAGUUUUUCUACAAAAAAUAAAGAUAUUACAUAUGAUGAUAUUCAUUUUUUUCCACAAUCAUGGCAUUGUGAAUUUAAUCGUCACAUGAAUUCAUAUACAAUUAUAAAAUAUGGAACAAAACCAAAAGUUUUAUUAAAAUUUUAUAAAACAUUUUUUAAAUUUUUAAGAGAAAAUGGAAUUCCAAUGAGAAAAAUAAAAUAUAUACGUAAAUAUACAAUAAAUAAACGUACUAGACAUGCUACAUAUAAUCUUUGGGUAAGAAAAUAUAUAGAAAAAAAAAUAAGAAAAAGUAAAUAUCUUAUGAAAUUAAUAUAUUUAAUAUUUUAUUAUGAUUAUAUAGUAUUUAAUUUUCCUUUACCGUCAAUCCCAAAAUAA